AUGACUGAUCCACAAACCGUUAAUAUAGGUCAGUUUAUUGAUGGCUACAGUGUUGGAUGGUCAGCGCCAAUCAUCCCGAAACUUCAAGAUUCCAAUGAAACGCCAUUACCGGCAUUGAUAACAGACUUGGAGGCGUCAUGGAUCGGUUCUCUUUUGUAUGUUGGAGCAAUAAUUGGUCCAUUUAUACCAAGUUACCUAUCAAAUAUAAUAGGCAGGAAACCUUGCUUAUUUCUCGGCAGUUUUCUCAAUCUAACAGCAAUAGUUCUCAUAGUUUUCACAAAGAAUGUCGCAAUGAUCUUCGCGAUCAGAAUCAUAAGUGGUUUAGGAAUGGGUAUGGUAACUGUUAACAAUCUUGUAUACGUCGGAGAAAUAGCAUCAACAAAUAUUCGCGGAAUACUCCUCACUUCCACAUCUAUAAUCGGUAUUUUGGGCACUUUAGCUGCUUAUACCGUUGGAUCAUUAGUGUCCUACACGUCUACGGGUUACUUUGCUCUUUUGAUAAAUAUUGUCCAUAUAAUUGGUAUAUUUUUUAUACCAGAAUCGCCCGUGUAUUACGCUAUAAAGGCGAAACAGAUGGAGGCGAAAAAUACUUUAAGAUACUUAGGCCGUCUCAAUGAUUUGGAGAAUGUCUUCGAAUGUGUGAAGGGGACGAGUCCAGAUGAAGGUCACAGCUGGAAGGCCUGGUUAAAUAUAUUCACAGUUAAAGCGAACAGAAAAUCAUUGUUCAUAACGCUGAGUUUGUGUACUUUGCAACAAACAAGCGGCGUAGCAGCAGUUCUCUUUUUUGCUACUAAUAUUUUUAAAAUCGCUGGAUCGUCUAUAAGACCAGAUAUAGCAACCAUUAUAAUUGGCGCAACAAGAUUACUGGCCAGUCUGGUAGCACCAUUUGUAGUUGAGAGAGCGGGACGAAGGAUAUUGCUGCUCGUUUCCACUGCAUUUUGUGCAAUCAGUUUAUCAAUUCUUGGCACCUACUUUCAUCUCUCGCGGAUACAAAGCGCUGUGAUUGCUGACAUCGGCUGGCUGCCGUUACUAGCGCUUAUUAUGUAUUUCUUUUCUUACGAAAUUGGUUUUGGCACAAUACCGAGUGCGUUAGUGGGAGAAAUGUUUAGUGGCAAUGCUCGCAGUACCGGUUCAGCUGUUGCCAUGACGACCGCUUGGCUGAUAGGUUUUGGUAUUGCAACUGGUUUCGGAUCCAUGGUCAAAGUUUUAGGAGGAGAUGUAACAUUCUGGAUUUUCUCUGGAUCAUGCAACGCUGCAUUUUUGUUUACGUAUAAAUUCGUGCCAGAAACAAAGGGUCAAACUUUGAACGAGAUACAGGAAUUGUUGGGCAGAUCAAACUCACGAAAACUUGUGAGUGAGAAAAUUUAA